AUGCAUGCAGGGAGAAAAACACCUACUCUCAGACUCUAUUAUAGCAAGGGCUGGCCAUACGAUGACAUGGUUUGGUCAACGAGCUUAGCUAAAGCCACUGGGGCUGCUGCACUGAGUAAUAAUAAAGAUUCCAGCCGGAAUUUCUUGAGACUGUUUAAUGGAUAUGCUUACAGUGGCGUGGAGACUUUGGGGAAGGAGCUCUUUAUGUACUUUGGGCCCAAAGCUUUGCGGAUUCAUUUUGGAAUGAAAGGCUCCAUCAUGAUUAAUCCACUUGGGCAUAAAAAUAAAAAUGGAGUUUCUCCUGUUUUUGAAGUGCAGCUCACCAAAGAUUUGAUUUGUUUCUUUGAUUCAUCCGUAGAACUCAGAAACUCAGUGGAAAGCCAACAGAGAAUAAGAAUGAUGGAAGAGUUAGAUGUGUGUUCACCUAAAUUCUGUUUCUCAAGGGCAGAAAGGGAAGUUAAAAAACAGAAAGGUCGUAUGCUCUGUGAUGUGUUGAUGGAUCAGAAAGUGCUGCCUGGGGUUGGAAACAUCAUCAAAAACGAAGCUCUCUUUGACAGUGGUCUCCACCCAGCUGUUAAAGUUUGUCAGUUAACAGAUGAACAGACCCUUCACCUUGUGAAAAUGAUCCGUAAUUUCAGCAUUCUGUUUUACAGGUGCAAUAAAGCAGGGUAUGCUGUCUCCAAACACUAUAAGGUUUAUAAGCGUCCUAACUGUGGUCAGUGCUGCUGCAAAAUAAUUGUGUGUCGCUUAGGGGAGAAUAACAGAAUGACGUAUUUCUGCCCUCAGUGUCAAAAAGAAAAUCCUCGACAUGUUGACAUAAGGUAA